CGCGAGCACAGACCCAGUGUUUCAGCCAGUGGUGUUGGUAAUUCCCAAAGAAAAUCAAGUGUCGGGGCCAAUUUGGUACAUUAAGCUGCAUUCGUCGUUAGAUUGUUUUCAUAACGCGUUUAAUGCAGUAACAUUGAAUCAGCGAAGCGGCAGUCAAUUCAAUGGCAAAAAUCGCAAGUACAACGGCCUCGAUGGAUAUACCUUCACAAGGAGAGCUGGAUUGGAUACAAAUGCGUCAAGACUUUUCGGAUGUUCAUGCUGAAACAACAAAGGAAAAGAUGAUCCGUAAAGUGAGGGAAAAUCCUCUAGUUCCGAUUGGUUGUGCAGCCACACUAACUGCGCUUGGUUUCGGCCUGUGGAAUUUUCGAAAAGGUCGGUCUGAAAUGUCGCAGUACAUGAUGCGCGCUCGUAUUCUAGCCCAAGGAUUCACGGUUGUUGCUCUAAUCAUUGGCGUUGGGAUGUCUUUUGCAAAAAAAAACCAUCGAAAUAGUUAACCAAAUGGAUCACGGUUAAAAAUAUUGCCGACCAUUAGAUAAAACUUGGAAUUCAUCGCCUUCUAUGGUCUUUAAAAAUAGAAAAGCAGUUAAUGAUAUAAACAACAGCGCUCGUCAUCACGAACAUAAGUCCCUGGCGAUGGACGUCAAUUUCGAUUUAACCGGCAACUACAACCGCCGAACGGUUUUGGCCUGCUACAGGGAGUCUCUCAAUCGCUCGCUGUCCAGCACCUUCGUCGGCUGACCAGUUAGACUCGCCGCUCUUGCAAAGUUAUCAAUGCAGUCGCAGCUUUUCAAACGGGGCCUUCUAUAUCCCUUAUGCCCUUCCUGGGUGUCCUGUAUGGUCCUAAAAAGACCAUAUGGUAUAAUUCGUCGUCCUCCAUCCUCAUGACGGAGCCUGGCAAGACGCAUGCAGGUCAGAAGGUUCGUCAAGUAAUAGGUACAUUUCGGUUUUGUAUUUCCUGUCGGACGCGGCUAAGAAGGAUUCACCACUUUUGGACAGAGUUCCAUGCCUCAGAUCAGAUUAUAAAAGUUUUGUAUAAUUCAAUAGAAAUAGCUUCUUCAGGCUGUAAAAUGAGCUGUUGCCUGCGAGAAUUGCUCCGUUAUGUCGAUAUUAUUUUGCAUUCGCAUUCGUGUGAUUAUUAGGACAAAAUGGUGUUAAACGCAUCUUAACGUUGUUCCAGGUAAAUUACGGAAUUUGUAGUUCGGUGUCUCAUAUUCAAUUGUAUUUUUCGUUUUCGAUGCAUUGUUCUAUAAUUGUUUCA